CACCUCACAAUCUCUCUCUCUCUCCUCCCAAUUCCUCUCCUUUUCUCCUCUUUUCUCAUGCUUUGACGCCACCAUUAAGCUUUGGCUUUUCUCUGCCUCCCAUCUCCUCCUCUGCCACUAGUUAAAGCAAGAGAGAGAGGGGGAGAGAAGAGAGAAGCACGGGAGAGGAGGAAGUGAGGAGGAGGGGAGGAGGAGGAGGGUUCGAAGAUGUUCGACAGCCUGCUCAACUCCAAGUUCUACAACAAAUGCAAGCACGCAAUCAAGUGCACCAGGACCCGGCUGGAUCUGGUGCGGCGGAAGAAGCAAGCGAUGGUCAGGUUCAUGAAGAAGGACGUCGCCGACCUCCUGGGCAAUGGCCUUGACUCGCACGCCUUUGGACGGAUGGAAGCACUGAUUGUUGAGAUGAACCAAGCAUCCUGCUAUGAUAUGAUCGAGCAGUACUGUGAGUACUUGGUGAAGCAGCUCAACAACCUGCAGAAGCAGAGUGAAUGCCCUCAGGAAGCCUUGGAAGCGGUGUCAACUCUAAUUUUUGCCACUGCUAGAUUUCCUGAUUUGCCUGAACUGUGUGACCUCAGACAUGUGUUCACGGAGAGAUAUGGGAAUUCCAUUGAGCCUUUUGUUAGCUCUGAGUUUGUUCAGAAGCUUCAGAACAAGUCAUUUACUAAUGAAGAAAAGCUGCAAGUGAUGCAAAGCAUAGCUGAAGAAUUCUCAGUCCCAUUUAAUGCCAAGGCAUUGGAACGAAAGAUAUCUGGUGUACCUCAAAAUAGACAUGAUUAUCAAAACAAGAGUUAUUUUAAACGUGUAGAAGUUGAAGCAUCAGCACGUGAUGAGCUGAAGGUGGAUAGACAUCAUGAAAGAAAAUCGAGAGUGACACCUGAAGUCUAUGAAAAGAAGCAGGAAAUGAUAAAGCCUAAAGAUAUUCAUGUCAUCCCUGAUGCCGUUGGUCAGCUUGGUGAGAAAAGCAGGAAGAACCGCUCAGAUAUACCUUAUGAUGUGCCUCCUUCGGACUUGAAGCUAAUUAAUGAUCAGAAGGAGUUAAAGAAAGAAAAUAAAAAGCAUAAUCAUCAUCUGAGGGAACUGAUGGAUCCAGACAAGUUAGUUCCUCCAUACAGAGAACCCAAGGAAGCUGAGAAGAAAGAUGCUGCUGAAAAGUCUGAUGGGAAAGGCUACCAUGUCCAUCGAUCACGCAUGGCUGGUGGCGUUGAUCACAACUGGGGACAUGCCGACUUGGGGCUUAAAACUCUGGGCCUAGAGAAACAAGGAACUGAGCCAGCUAGUUCCUUGAAUGGCAAAACACUUAACAAGGCUCCUCCCUAUUCUAAGCCCUACAAAACAAUAGAUAAGAAGUCUGCUGAAGAAAAUAAUGAUAAUUUGUACAACGGACGACAACAUAUUUCAGAGUAUGGGCAGUCUGUGCAAGAUAGGCAGAAAAUGCCAGAGAAGGCAAUCAAUAUGUUGCCACCUUAUGUUAAGUCAGCCCCUACAAAUCAAGCUGCUAAUGGUUACAAGCAUGCUGGCAUUGCGGAAAUCGGUCACCAGAGAGAUGGACUGGCUGAUGAUGAUACCAUUCUGCCUGUUUCUGUCAGAAGGAAAAGUGGGAAACCACCUACAUAUGGUGAUCGUUAUGACGAUGAGGCAAAGAUGGCAAACCAAACUUCUGGUGGCCAAAGAAGACAUUCAAGCAGAAGACAUGGUUCAGACGAUGAUUAUGACCUGAGAGGUGGUUAUAUGCAGCCCCAGUAUGAUGAUGAUACUGUCAAUAAUGCGAGGCACUUUAAGCAAACUAGUGAACGAAGAAAGCAUAGAAGCAAGCAGAGUGGAUCAGCAAGUGGUAACGACUACGAGUCGGAGGAGGAUGAGACAGACACUGCAAUUGAUUUUGGCAAUCUUUUGCCCCGAGUGCCUAGUUCUCAUCGGAAACACAGGAGUAGGAGUGCUCAUCCACGCAGCAGAGGCCGUGAUGAUGAGGAAAGGGUGAUGGAUAAGCUACUAAUGCACUACAGUAAGAAAGGCAUUGAUAGGGAAGAGCAUAGAGCAAGAACAAAAUCAAGGACCCCUCGACCUCGAGCUGAUCAACCUUCUGAUGGAGUCGGGGAACGGUCUAACAGAGAAGGGGCACCACUACAUCCUCCAGAAAGAACUGUUUCUCUCCCUUCAGAAUCCGGCAACCUGGGUGCAAAACCUAAGGUUCCUGCUCGGUCCAUUUCGAUGCAGUCAGAGAAAUCCAGAGGGAAUGUGCACCCUAGCAUGCCAGAUUUCGACGAACUAGCUGCGCGCAUCAGUGCUCUGAGGAAGGAAUGAGCUGCUACAAGAUUGUAUUUAGGCUUCAGCAGGUUCUGUGUUCUUUCAGGAACUUCUCUCAAAGCAAUUUAUACUCAGUGGUCACAGGAAUCAGAGAAUCUCUGGAGGUAGCUGCAUCCUCUCUUUCAUCUUGCAAUCUCUCCUGGUGGUAGUCUUGCUUGCAUUGCUGUAUGCCUGGAUAGAAUAGUACCAAUAAAUGGUAAUAUUUAGGAAUACCAUACAAUAUUGGUUUGGGUUUGGUCUUUGUUGUGCUCCAUACUUGAAACAAUCAUCUUGUAUAGAUGCCAUUGAUGAGGCAAUAAUGAUAAGUGAUUAUUCUUUCUGUUA